CUAUCCGUGGUUUGGCAAGUCUGCAACUUCCGAUGGCCUCUCGCUGGGGGAUGAACAGGGCAGAUCGCCGGACUGAAGCUAGAGAUCGGAAUGAAUCUGGCUCAUCUCCUGAGAAGAGUCGAAGUCGUUCAUUUGCAUCUGACAAUUAUAAGGGUCUUGGGCCGAAGCCAUAUUCAUAUGAUGAAUUAGCAUUCGCAACUGGUCAUUUCUCGCUCAAUAAUCAACUUGGUCAAGGUGGUUUUGGUCAAGUUUUUAAGGCAUCCUUAGAUGGUAAGAUCCGUGCUGUCAAGAAACUUAAUAAUUUUCCAGAUGUACAGUCCGAAGGAGAUUUAGAGAGGGAGAUUAUGGUCGUCAAUAGAGUCAGUCAUAAAAAUCUUGUUAGGCUGGUUGGUUACUGCGUUGAUGGAGCCAACAGAUUGCUGAUCUUAAAGUAUUUUCCCAAUAAAUCUUUGAAAUAUACAUUACAUAGAAAGGAGAAUGUCUUAGAUUGGAAAAAAAGAAUGAAUAUUGCCAUAGGUUCUGCAAGAGGAUUGGAAUAUUUACAUGAACACUGUAAGUAUAUAAAAGAGAAUGAAUUUUUAUUAAAUCUUAUUUUCAUUUGUGUUAGUAAACCUAAUAUCAUACAUUUAGAUAUCAAACCAGAUAAUAUUUUUCUUGAUAAUCACUUUGAACCUAAGAUUUCAGACUUUGGACUUGCCCUAUUCUUUAAGGAUGCUGCUACUCACGUAUCCAGAUCAUCAACUUUGGGAACUCACAUUUAUGCAGAUCCAUUGUCAACGAAAUUAGGAAAGUAUUCUGAUAAAUCCGAUAUUUAUUCGUUUGGUGUUACGCUUUUAGAGCUAAUUACUGGGAGAAAUCCUAUGAUUGAUAAAAGCACCGAUAUUAUUACUUGGGCAAACCCUCUAAUAGAAAAGGCUUUAAAGGGAGAAUAUGCAGAUUUUGUAGAUUCAAGGUUGCAAUCCUUUGAUCACGAAGAAAUGCAUCGAAUGAUUCUUUGUGCUAAUACUUGUAUAAAUCAACCGCCGAAAUCUCGUCCAUCAAUGAAAAUGAUACUUCUAGCUCUUGAAAGAACUUUACCUCUAGAAAAUCUAUGGAAUGUGAAGAAUGACAACAAAUUGCGGUCAGGAGCUUCAUAUAAAGCUGAAGUCACGCCAUACUAUACGAAGAAAGAAGACGUUAAUGAUUUCGACGAGUAUGAUCCGACAAAGUAUGAAAGCGGAUACGACAUUGCCAUGACGUACGGACAUCCCAUCCCACCGUCUGAGGAGACCUGCUACCCGAAUAGCUCCUCCGCCGAUGAGAUCUUCUACAAUCCCCCCCAUUUCACCUCCGAUACUGUGCCCUCCGCCUACACCGAUGACCGUCUCCAGGAAGAGUACACUAGCUAUGCCCGUCCCAAGCCCCGACCUAGACCUGCUUGUGCCUUCAAUUUUGGCGGUGCCCCCGGAGGGGAAGUAUUUGUAGCUGCUAGACCUCAGCCUACUUAUGUGCUCCAGCCUGGAAGGACAAUGGCUGGUUCCGAUUACGGAUCUGGUAGCUAUGACAGAAGGCCCGACUAUGAGAAGCCACUCAGUGAGGAAUAUGGAUCUGGGUAUGGUCGCAGACGAGAUUAUGAAUAUGGAUAUAGUGGAUAUGGCAGGAGAACCGAGUAUGAGAGGCAACAUAUUUCAGAAUAUGGAUACGGAUAUCAGGGCAGGACCGGAUUUGAGUAUGGAUCAGGGUAUGGUGGGAGGAUACAGUCGGAAUAUGAGGAUGGUGGAGCUGAGUAUGGACGUUGGUAUGGGCGCAAACCAAGUUACGAAGUGGAAGGAGGCUACAGAGGGAGGCCUGAAAGGACCACAUAUGAGAUGUGUAAUUCUGAUGGGGGUGAAGAGGGUUAUGGCCGCAAGAAAUAUGGAGAAGAUGAUUCUGAUGAUGAAGAGAAGAAACACCAACGCUACAAAAACCACCACCGCAGGAAGCAUUAUGAUGACGAGUGAUGGAGCUGUUUUUAGUGGGCAUUCUUGCCGUUAUUGGCUACUUAAUAAAGGAUUGAAGCAUGUUUCCUUUUAAUAGUUGAUUUGUAAGAGAGCUUUUUCCGAACAUUAUCUACUAUGUAUGUGCUCCCAAGUUCUACGUGGAGCUCAAGCCUGUCCUUUU